GGCACGAAGAGAUCUUCAUCGAAACCGAGACUGAGCUUCGGCCAUGGACCAAGAGAUUCGUAAAAAAUGCGUUGCGACACCGCGCAGGUUCCAGAGAUUGAAACCGCUAUUUGUAUAAUUAAAACAUACAGUCUGUUUGUGUGGUCGAAACUGGGCAUGGCCAACCGACAAGAACAAGAUUCGAUAACCGUCAUACAGGGAGCAGCACGAAACGAAGCUCGAGAAUCAUUGAUGGCUACUCGAUUGGGCCAUCGCACCGUGUCCAAGAACCGUCGAACUCUUUUGCCGGAAUUCGACGGUCUCAAUGGGAGGCCGCCUGCGAGAAUGGUGACGUUGACGAGAUCGCGGCAGAGAUAGGGAACUGCCGCUCCAUUCCCUAUAAAAGGGCGACACACUCAGUUCCCUGUAUCGCAGCUCAAUCUAACAAAGCAAAUUUCCGACCAUGGCCGCUCCACAGCAACAGCAUGCGGGAACAGUCAAGAUUCUUGGAUUUGGUUUGUCUCGCACUGGCACAUCCUCAAUGAAGGUUGCACUUCACAUGCUCGGAUACGAGCCAACCAACCACGGAUUCGACCUUUUCGACGAUCCAGAAGUCAUGGACCAGUGGAUCCGGGCCCUGGAGGCGAAAUAUUACGGUAUCGGCCAACCGCUCGAUGCAGACGACUGGCGGCGAUUUCUAGCCCGCUUCCAGGGAGUCACUGACAUCCCACACUACCUUUUCGUUGAGGAGCUGCUAGCUGCGUUCCCCGACGCGAAGGUGCCCGUCACCUAUCGCGAUCCAAAAGCGUGGUGGAAAUCGUUCGCAUCGACCAUCCUGAAAUUAUGCGAGCCAAUCACUACUUCCGAACAUGCCGCCCCGAACGAAUCGCAGCAUGUCCGUCGCAAGACAUGGGUCGGGAAAGCAUCACCGAGGAGGUCGCGACCGCGGCCUUUGAAGCCCACUCACUACAUUCCGUGGGAUGAAAGACCCCGUGGGGACGAGUUCGAGAGAGUGAUGUCCGAUCACCGACCGAGUCCAGACCGAGCCGAGCCUAGUUUGAUAGCCCAUCGGGGCCUAUGCAGGCAGGGACGAUUUCGACUGAGCAACGACCGAUCUUAGUAGUCCCUGCGGGGUCUAUGUGUAUACUAUACAUGGUAUUGGGCCGUAGUUGACCCUGUAUAACAAUCUUUCAGUCUGCCGUGAUACACGUGGAGCUGACCUGUGCGUGAGAACAGCCUCGUGGACGUUUGCAAGGGUGACACUCAAUUUUAACCUCUGCCGUCCCUUCGUAUCUCUCAAACAAGCUAUCCCGGAGAUGCUGCACGUUUUCUACGCCCUUACUGCUCCCUUCCACCACUACAUUCCUGCUCCCUGGCCGUAGCAGACGUGAACGCCGGGCGUUCCACCCUUAACACACUCGUUUCGCCAAUGGCUGAGCAGCGCCGACAAUUGGGAAUGGGGCUUCCACCAGGUCCUCUGCACCAACCUUCCUCUCGCUCCUUCACUUCUCCCGAGCUCGCGCCACCAUCUCGCACUGUCCAUGUCAGAGGACCGCAGUCCUAUAUGCCGUAUGACUACCACAGCGCGCUCUUGCCAAAUCCGUCCUAUCGCAUCGAGGGCCGACACGGAACCGAAUCGCAUCUCCACUCUCUCGAAGCCCGUUUCGCACAAAUGGAACUUCGCCAGCAGCAGUCAGACGACGAGAUCGUGCGGCUCCGCGACCGUAACCUGGUGCUGGAAGCGCAGUUGGUGGCUGUCUCUGCCGCGCCCAACGUGCCUGCUGAGUCAGAGGUGGAAUACGAGGACACUGGGAAUGACGCGGACACGGAGGAGCUCACGGAGGACAUUUUUCGCCCCGCAAGCACCACUUCAGCCAAUGCUUCGAGCUUGCAUCAUAUCACCGCUGGUACCACUUCGGCCACUCCGUCGCCACGCAGCCAAUCCUCCGCAUUGGCAUCAGCCGUUCCUCGUGCUACAAAACCCGUGGCUCUGCCGUCCUUGGGGCUUCCAUUCGCGUCUCUCACCCCUGACCAGCAGAAAGUUCGAAGACAGCUCACGGCUAUGGUCAAUGCGACCUUCCGAUCCAUCUGUGCUGUCGCUGCGAAGAAGCCGUGGCCUGACCCAUCCAUCGAACGCACGGAUCCUGUGACCAAAGAGCACAUUUUCACUCCGAACUUCCCUGGUGGCCUCGGGGACCCGUACAACAUCAAGAUGUUCGACACGGUGGCCAUGUCGGUUUUGAAGCAAAUCCAGGAUCCAGAUCGUUGCCCAACUGGUCUCGACACUUGCGGAGCGACAGUUGACUUCAAGGUCCUUCGAAACUUCACCAAGGAGGCCUUCAAGGGGUUUAACAAGCACUAUAAAGCCCAGAUUGACGAGGAGGCUCAGGAGCGACUUGAGCUGAGUCAGGCAAAGGAUCGCGAAACGCAACGCCGUCGAUUGAAAUUGAAGCAUCGCCUCGGUGCUGUUGAUGAGUAUGCGGCUGCUCACAACCUCGAUUGCAAUGAUGUUGCUGGAACACUCGACCUCGAGCACAUGUCGGACGAAUACUCGGGGCCUGAACUACCGGACAAGGACAGGGCCACAUGGGCACUCAACAUGGCGCAUGCAUCGGGACGGCACAACCCGACUCCACUGUCCAUUGCAGACCUGACUUUCAUUGAAGUUUGUGAAUUUGAUUGGCGUACCGAGAAGGCCACCAACCUCAUGCUCGAACUUAGCCAGAUCCACGAAAACUCCCUCAGCAACACCCAGAGGGACAGGCGGCGACUCAUCCGUGUCCGCACCAGGCGUUCCUCUCGGCGCUUCCCUGCGAAGGCUCCAUUCAACUUUGCGGUCCGAUCUGACUGGCUGGCGGAGAAGAAGCAAGAUGAGACCAUGGCUGAGAUUCUGGGGAGCGCAGGAUGGGGUGAUUUUCCUGGCCCGAAAGGCUUCGAUUCAGAUGAUGGCGGUGCUGACCAAGGUUUUGCUACUAAUUGAUCUCUAUAUCUUUCUGUGUGAUGUUCUGGACAUUCUCGUAUUAUACCCAUACUCGAAGUGCUAUGUCCGCUAAUAAUAAUCAAAGUCAUUCUCGUAGCUA